AUGUCGGCGAGGAGGCGCAUCGGGGACCCUGAGUUUUUAACCAAAAGGAUCCCACAGAAUCCAAGAUACCAGCAUAUAAAAACUCGCCUUGACACCGGUAGCAGUAUGACCAAAUACACUGAAAAACUGGAAGAGAUCAAGAGAAAUUACAGAUACAAGAAAGACGAGCUCUUCAAGAGACUGAAAGUGACUACUUUUGCCCAGCUGGUGGUCCAGGUUGCUUCUCUAUCCAACGAAAACUUAGAAGUCUCACCAGAGGAAAUUCAAAAGCUAGACGAAGGUGACGCUUCUCCUGCAGAUAACAACGCGGAAGUUGCAGUGGAGACCAACGGCAAAGACAGCCCUGUCGAGAAACCGGCCAGUCCCAUCUUGUUCAUCAACAACAGUGGAGCCGGAGAGUCCUAUCGCUCCACCUUACAGAGCGUGAUAAGUGGUGUCGGGGAGUUGGACCUGGGAAGGGACGCCCCAAAGAAGACCGAGAUAAGUUCAAAAUGCGAACCGUAUCCUGACUGUCCAUUCCUGCUGCUGGAUGUGCGAGACCGGGAUGCUUAUGAGCAUUGCCACAUAGUUGGAGCUUACUCCUACCCCAUCGCCACGCUGUCCAGGACCAUGAACCCUUACACGAACGACAUCUUAGAAUACAAAAAUGCUCACGGGAAAAUCAUCAUUCUUUACGACGACGAUGAGCGAGUGGCUAGCCAGGCGGCCACGACGAUGUGCGAGAGGGGCUUUGAGAACUUAUUCAUGCUCUCUGGAGGUCUCCGCGUCAUCGCUCAGAAGUUCCCCGAAGGCCUGGUGACCGGCUCCUUUCCUCCUUCAUGCCUGUCGCCCAGCCAGCCUGGGACCGCCCGGAAAAAAGCCUCUCCCCGGCAGCUUCUGCCCCCACCCUCGGAGAAUAAAUGGAGAUUUACAGCAGAGGAUCUACAAAAGAUACAGUACUACCUAGAAGAGGAUCAGCUCCCUUCAGACACUGCCAGCCGUCUCAGCCGUGGCUCUUCCUCUCGAGACUCCAAGGCCGUCGCUGUCAAGAGCAGCCAGUACCUGCCCACCAACACCUCGGCUGUGGCCCUUCCUGCUCGCUCCCUCAGCAGCAGCAGUCUGCAGAACAAGCCCUGGAGAUAGACGGUGUCUUUUCCCGCAGAAAUAAACGAGGGCCCCGUUCCCAGGGGCCCUUUGAUCACUACAGCCCCUCUGUCGCUUUUAGGAAGAUGGUGUUCGCAGGCUGAGAGAGACAGCGUGUGGGGGCAUAGGGAAGGUGGGACGGUAGAGGGGAAAUGCCAUGGGAGGAAACCCUUUGGACAAACUGACCAUCUUUCUCAGCACCCUAAUUCCAGUUUCUGUCUGUGUUUUGUAAUUCUUUUAAAAAGUUGGUGUGUUUGAAUUUAUACUGGUCCCUGAGAACUUGUGAGUCCCAAAACUGUCUUGAAGCAGUGACUGGAUUUCUUAACAGAAAUAGAGAAGGGAAAUGUCCAAGCAGGAAGCAAGAGGGGGUGGAAAGUAGGACUGGAACAACGUUUCGGUGCUUGAGGGGACGCUGGUGCAUUCGGGUAACGGCCAGACAGCUGGAGUGCCUCCUCUGUGGCCUUCCACCCAGCAUCAAGUUUUGAAAACACUUUACCAGCUGCCCUGCUGAAUGAGGGCCAAGCUAGAUGAUAUGGUGGGAGAGCCAGGAAUGGUUCUUCUUGGUUUAAAAGAAGAUAGAAACACCAGGUGUGUUUCCAGUUCCGGUGGGGGCCGCAGUGUGAAGGCAAGAGGGCUUGCUCCCCCACCAAUGCCAUGGCUCUAGUCUGAAUCAAGGUGACCCACACAACAAGCUGUUUCCUCAAACACCAGGGAAGCACAGCGUCUAGUCUGACCCAUGCUUGGAUCUCCUUCCGA